CUCGUCCCCUUUUCGCUUCUCGGUCCCUCCCACUUCCGCGGGCACCCAACUGUGCGUUGCCUGCGUGGUGACGUCAGGCGCGUGCCCCUGUCCGGCAGCCGAGGAGACCCCGUGCAGUGCUGCCAACGCCCCGGCGGAGGAGCUGAGGUCAUCAUCAAAUUUGAAAUAUUUAAAGUGGAUACAAAACUGUUUCAGCAAUGCAGACAAUUAAGUGCGUUGUUGUGGGUGACGGUGCCGUUGGUAAAACAUGUCUCCUGAUAUCCUACACAACAAACAAAUUUCCAUCUGAGUAUGUACCGACUGUUUUUGACAACUAUGCAGUCACAGUUAUGAUUGGUGGAGAGCCAUAUACUCUUGGACUUUUUGAUACUGCAGGGCAGGAGGAUUAUGACAGAUUACGACCGCUGAGUUAUCCACAAACAGAUGUAUUUCUAGUCUGUUUUUCAGUGGUCUCUCCAUCCUCGUUUGAAAAUGUGAAAGAAAAGUGGGUGCCUGAGAUAACUCACCACUGUCCAAAGACUCCUUUCUUGCUUGUUGGGACCCAAAUUGAUCUCAGAGAUGACCCCUCUACUAUUGAGAAACUUGCCAAGAAUAAACAGAAGCCUAUCACUCCAGAGACUGCUGAAAAGCUGGCCCGUGACCUGAAGGCUGUCAAGUAUGUGGAGUGUUCUGCACUCACACAGAGAGGUCUGAAGAAUGUGUUUGAUGAGGCUAUCCUAGCUGCCCUCGAGCCUCCGGAAACUCAACCCAAAAGGAAGUGCUGUAUAUUCUAAACUGUUUUCUCCUUCCCCUCUUUGCUGCUGCUUCUUGUCCCACUACUGUAGAAAGAUCGUUUAAAUACAAAGGAAUAAAACCAUCCUGUUUGAAAGCCUCUGCGUCUUUUUACUCACCACCUUAGAGCAACCUCUGUAUUAGUUUUUGAUCAAGAAUGCAAUAUCUUAUAGAAUAUUUUUUGUGAUCAGUAGUCAAGUUGGACUUAUUUAACUUUCUGCUGCUUGAGUUGCCUGAUGCUCAGAGCUUUUUGGUUUGGAUUACUAUUGCAAAAGGGAACUUGGUCUGGCAUUAAGAAUGUCCUCUUGGAGAAAAUAAGAAGAGUCUUAAAACACUUCUAGAUCCCAGUUCUAGAUGGAGAAAAUAACAUAAACAUCAUUUUACUCUUAUGAUCAAUUGUUAAUUGUAAUUGCAUGACAAAAUUUAUGGAAAAAGGGUGACCUGCUAGUAGAGUGUAAUGGGGAAGGGAGGAUUCUUUUCUGGUUUUCCUUUGUGCAGUGAAACUUUGUGUUGCUGUUGCUUUGGCUGUCUGUGCUGUAGUGGAGUAUUUGUCAGUCUGGGGGUGGGAAAGAUACUGUACCUGCUACUGCUUUAUGAGAUCAUUUGUUACAUUAUCUUUUAAGAAUAGCAUCCAUUUUACCAGUUGACUUAAGGUUUGUUAACGUUGAGAUGUAAAGCUACCAUCUUUAUAUUUUCCUGCUUCUAAUUUUAUUGUUGUGAGGGAAACAUACAAUUGUGGUUACCUUCAAAUUUUGAAAUUAAAAAUAUACAUUUGUUUGUAUAAAUGCCUGAUGAAGCUUUAUUCCUGUUUCACUGACUGGCUGUAGUUUUUCAUAUGUAUCAGGUACCCACAUUUUUGCUUCCUUAAAUCCCCUUGGUUCUCAUUGGUGGGAUAAAGGGAGUUCAGAAUGAAUGUCUUUGCAGCCACUGUAAUCGCUCUCUCCAUCUUUGCCUGCGCCUUCCAUGUAAUAAGGAUGCCACCGCCCGGUGCCCGACCUCUCAGUCCUGUUCCAUAUCCGGCUGUUUCAUUUGAAUGCAGAGCUGCUUACUUGUUUUUAUGUAAAAUGUUUCAGCAGCACAUUACAAAACUCAUACUGAAUGAGCAAGUGACACAUGUGCUUGUUUGCUUCUUGUGACAUACAUUGGUCUGCAAAAAGCUUUCUCAAAGGACCACUGUCUCGCUCAUGAAUAUCUGCUCCUCCGCUCCUGAAUUGCUGGGUCCUUCCAGCGCCCUGCCUGGAUGAAACUUGGUGAAUUGAAAUGAUUAUGUUGAGACUCAGAGUUGUCUUUAAUGUUUCGUUCUUUGCCAACUCCUGGGAGUUUGAAUGUUUUAAAUUUGAUCUUCAACUUUAUUAUACUGAAUAUCAGACUGGCCGUUUUUUUCUUUCUACCCCUUUUCAGAAAGGCCUAAAGAAUGUAUUUGACGAAGCAAUAUUGGCU